AUGGGCUUCUGGAAGUUUCCCCCCUUCCUGGUCCUCAGCAUCCUGGUCUUGUACCAGGCAGGCAUGCUCCACUCAGCACCAUUCAGGUCGGCUUUUGAUAGUCGUUUUGAUCCUGCUACACUCAAUGAGGAGGAAUUGCGCCUCCUACUGGCUGCAAUGGUGAACGACUAUGAGCAGAUGAGGGCCCGUGAGCUGCAGAAGGAGCAGAAGACAGAGGGCUCCAGCAUCACUGCCCAGAAGAGAGCCUGCAACACUGCAACGUGCAUGACCCAUCGGCUGGCAGGCUUGCUGAGCAGAUCUGGGAGCAUGGUGAAGAGCAACUUGUUGCCCACCAAGAUGGGCUUCAAAAUCUUUGGUGGGCGUCGCAAACUUUUGGAUCUGAGCAGCGAAAUGAUUCUAGGAAGAAGGUGA